AUGUGUCCGCACGCUGUCCGAGAAUGGCUGGUGCUUCUAACCAUGGAGAUGUACUUGGACAGGUUUAUGAAAAAGGGCUACGGCACCAUUGCCCAAUGCAAGCGAAUUUUUCCGCGUGAUCUUAGGAUAUUGGGGAUUUACCAUCGAUGCCAUCGUAAAUUGGUGCUAGAUGGUGUCCAGCUAAUGAACAACGUGGCAGAUGAGUGCUUUAAAUGCUCUGAGCCCUGCGAGCACCAUCAUCACAGUCCAAUACUCGAGCAGCAAGAAAUGAUUCAGCUCGGGUUGGACAGUUCAACAGACUCUUCUGAUGGUGACAGUAAAGCUGAAGAGUGCCGAUCCAUUAUUUCGAACAUCUAA